CUCUGCAAGCGGGCAGCCCCGCUGGGAUCGAUGCCCAACGAACAUGUCGACGUCGGCAACUUGGAAGCGCUGGAAAAAUACCGCAGUUUCACUCGCUAUUUCAAAUUGGCGGAAAAGGAGAGUAAGAAACCCCGGUGGUGGAAGACGUACCGGCAGCACACCAGCCCCCAGGCAGAGCCAAAGACUGACAUCAGCCUGCCGUGUGAUAAGCUACAGCGGGCAAAAGAAAUCAAGAAAAGAAAAAAGAUCCUGAGGGAGAACCACCAGGAUACCGAGAUGGAAAGAGCAGCCCGGCUCCGGACUGUGCUUAUUCCCCUCAAUGAAGUCAGAGCUGAGUGGGAGAAGAGCAGUGGCCCAUUCCACAAGCAGCGUGUAGCUGAGCACUGUGGGAUAUUUCGUGAUUUGUUCAAGAGAGCCACGUUCACCCCUUGGGUUACCUUGAGGGUGGAGUACAGCCAAGAUGAGCACCUCGUGCCAGUAUAUUAUGGGAACAUGGUAACUCCAUCAGAGGCUUCUGGUCCCCCUGCAGUGUCAUAUGAGGCAGAUAAAGGCUCCCUCUGGACUUUGUUGCUCACAAAUCCAGAUGGACAUCUAAGAGACACAGACUCGGAGUACCUCCACUGGCUGGUGACGAAUAUCCCCGGCAAUGACAUUAAAUUGGGUAAGGAGAUCUGCCACUACUUUCCGCCCUUCCCUGCCAUGGGAACUGGCUACCAUCGCUUCAUCUUCCUCCUCUUCAAGCAAGACUGCCUCAUAGAUUUCAGCAAGGAUGUUCGGCCGAUGCCAUGCCACAGCCUCAAGAUGCGAACCUUUAGCACAUAUGACUUCUACCGAAAGCAUGAGGAUGCAAUGACUCCUGCAGGGCUGGCAUUUUUCCAGUGUCAGUGGGACAGCUCCGUUACUUGGGUCUUCCAUCAGCUUCUCAAUAUGAGAGAGCCUGUGUUUGAAUUUGUGCGGCCGCCUGUUUACCAUCCUCCGCAGCUGAAGUUCCCACGCCACCAGCCUCUGAGGUACCUGGACAGAUACCGAAACACCCUGGAGCCCACCUAUGGCAUUUACUAG